CGGCCCCGUCAAUGGAUGGAUGGCGGGCUGGCAGUACUAUUCAAUGCGGUACAAUCGAUCACACUGCGACGGGCCACCCUCUCUCUCUCUGGCUGCCGGCUGACCUUUUCCCCCUCGACUGCAACAACACCAUCACAACCACCACCAUAGCACCGCUCCUCCUGGUUGCGCACCGCUGCAACGUCGCCUUCUCUCUUGCCAGUACAAGCUUUGCCUCGCUUCCUCUGUCUAUUUUGUUAGGCAAGCCGCCUUGUUCAUUCCGCCUCCGUCUUUGUCUCGGCGCCCGCAGGGCUCAAGUUUUGCCAACCGCCGACGGGCAGCUUCGCUUCAAGCAACCGGGGCAGAAUCCAAACCGGCCCUUCCGGCCCCGUGGCCCCUCGCGACAGCGGUCCCCUCCUGCGACUGCCUCCCUGCGGCUGUGAUCCGCUCGGGAGCUCUGUCUAUACUUCCUUUCAAACUCCAUUCGCCGUCUCCGACACCGACGCGCAAUGGCCGCCAGCGAAGCCGCCGUCUCCUCCGCCCUCGGCGCAAGGGCCGAACGACGCUCGCCUCCCCCGACCACCCAAUCCAAGCGAGACCGCAAGCGCCAGGCCGUCUUGGAGCGGCUCGCCGCCUUGAACGACAAAUUCCAAGAUGACAAGGACUCGACCUACCGCGACCAGCUGCAAAAGAUCCAGUUCGAGAUCAACCACAUGCAAAAAUUCGACCCCUACGCCAGCGACGCUCUCGACGUCGCCGCUCGGCUUCAAGACGAAUACAGCCAGAACAUGGGCACGCCCAUGCAUGCCGAGUCUGCAAGGAGUCUCAUGGACAUGGCCGGCGUCCAGCUGCCCCAGUUCAUGUCCGACGUCCAGGACCUGUGGGAGAUUCGCGACUUUUCCCUCACGCAGGCCAAGAACGAAUACGAGCGCAAGGUCCAAGAAUUCCAAAACACAUUUACGUUCAAGAUGGAGACGGCCAAGCGCGAACACGAGGCGCUCAACAGCACCAUGCGGGACCGCCUGAUCAACCAGCUCACCAACAAGAAGAACCGCCUUGUUAAGGAAAAGGAGGCCUUUGAGAUUAGUGAGACCAACGCGCUGCUUCUGCAUCCCUCGCAGUUCAGCCUCGCCAACCCGGGCAGCCCCGGCGGCCACCCGGGCAAGCGCACCACGCGCAACCGCAAGGAGGCCGACGACUUCUCCGACGGCAAGAAGCGAAAGCGCAACGGCGGUGAGGACGACGGGUCUCCCGCGCCGUCGCGUCGUGCGCUCGACCCCAACAACACGACGCCCUUUUGGCAGUCGGAAAAGAUGCGCAACGAGGCCAAGAAGCGCGGCGCUGAUUACAGCAUCGGCAGCCUCUUCACGGACAAGGAAUUGUCGAUGCACUACAACACCGCCGCCCUCGCGGCCCACAAGUCCAUGGUGCGCCAUCGCGUGACGGGCAGCGACUCGUCGCCUGAAGAUAGCGACUCAGGCGACGGCGAGCAAGCUUCUUCAGCCGCCAUGGAGCGGCAGGUGUCGCACCAGACCCGGAGCACUCGCGGCAAUGCCAACCAGAAUUUCCUUGACGACAAGCUUCUUGGAAUUGAGGGUGUCACGAGCUACGAACUCCCUGCCAAUCUGGACCUCAUGCACUCCCAGGUGGAUCCCAAGAUCCCAGUCGGCCAGCCAAGCUACUACCUGAAGACGUCUCUCAAAGCUAGCAGCGAGAACAGCGCUAUUCCACAAACGCGCGACGACGACUUCAAGGCGGAUAUGCAGAUCAUCGCGGCCCUCAAGCAGUACGACCAAAGCCGGAAGCCGGGCAGCCACUUGGACAACCCCAAGGGUCCGCGCAAGACGUUCGAGGCGGUCUCGACGCCCUAUAAGUCGGGCAAGUACCUCGGCUUCGCGGCGUUGGCUCGCGACCCGGCCGACCUGGAGAACUACGCCGAGGUUCUUGAGGAGGCUGCACCGGCCACCAGCAGCCUGCGAGAGACGCUACAGCCAGCCAGCCGUCAAAGCAGCGUCGGCGGCGGCGUGGCUAUGAGCCGCCAGGGAACAGCCGGCAGCGGCCGCGGUAAGCCGCGCAGAUCUUGAUUGAUGGAAUGAAUGCACAACGGAUAUACCGUCGGCUAUCUGGAUAUUUCGUUGCAUUUACGGUCAGUAAGCGUGGCGUCUCGGUUGCUGUUCUUGUUGUUGGCCUGCCGAGCGGGACUGUAUCCAAACGCGAUUUUGGGUCUCGACGGCAUGGUUCGCGUUGUAUGUUCCGUUCUCGCCUGCCGUAGUGGGAGGUCAUCCGUCUGUUGAGUGGUGGAGACUUGCCGUCAAACGUGCGAGGUCUUUUGCACAAUUCUGGCGCGGCGGUUGGGAUUUGAUAUGACCGCGUGGGAUCUACCCCUUUGGUCGCACCCGGCCCCUAUUCUUUGGGUUCCACUGGCUCGGCAGAGCGGAUCAGGUUUCAUUUCGUUUGAUUGUGGCCCAUUCGGCUUCUGUCUUGCGUCUGACGUUGAGGAUUUCGUCACGAAUACAGGGGGGGUUACGCUGUGCAGUGGUGGUUUCUAUGCCCGACGGUCCUUUGACCGGAUGAAGCCGGCGCACUACCUACCUACCGGACAUUGCGGAGUGCCGCGCACCACGGGGGACACGGGAAGCAUGUGCAUAGUAGCUCAAUCGGUAAGGACCGGUGUCAUCAAAGAUCUUCCAUUACUUGAACAAGGG